GGACAGCUCCCGGACUUCUCUCCUCCUCGUCCUCGUCCUCGUCCUCCUCCUCAUUCUUCUUGUCCUCCUCCUCCUCCUCCUCCCUCUCCACCUCCCUUCAGCCUGGGGGCGGGCAGGGGGCGGAGGAGGAGGAGGAGGGGAAGGGCGAUGAGGGGCCGCGCGGCUUUCCCAUCCCCUGGGACUGCUGCCUUUAAAAGCUGCGGGGGAGGCCGGACUGGGGUCAUCUGCUCUUGUGUGCAGCCCAGCGCUAAGAGGGACUUUGAACUCCGAACCCAGGGCUCCCGGCUCCCAGUUGGCUCAAACUCUGCAACUUGCACGAGGUCGGCGUCCAACUCAGGCACGAACAGGAUUGGCACAUCUGUGAACAUCUGAUUAGCUAUGCCUCAGAUCUCCAGGCUCAGUCCGGUGAGCAGAUCCGCUGACUUCACCAUGCUUCUCCUCCUCCUAGGCCUGAUGGCCGGAGCCUGCCUCUCCUCCCUUGUACCAGAGAAAGAGAAGAAUCCUCAGUAUUGGAGGGACCAGGCACAACAGACCCUCCGGCAUGCCCUGAAGCUCCAGAACCUCAACACCAAUGUAGCUAAGAAUGUGAUCUUGUUUCUGGGAGAUGGAAUGGGGGUGUCCACUGUGACCGCUGCCCGGAUCCUCAAAGGCCAGCUUCACCACAUGUCCGGAGAGGACUUCCAGCUUGAAAUGGACAAGUUUCCUUUUGUAGCUCUGUCCAAGACCUACAACACCAAUGCCCAGGUUCCUGAUAGUGCUGGGACGGCCACCGCAUACCUGUGUGGAGUGAAGAGCAACGAGGGCACACUUGGUGUGAGUGCCGCCGUCGUCCGGUCACAGUGCAAUACCACAAAAGGCAAUGAGGUCACCUCCAUCUUACGCUGGGCUAAGGAUGCAGGCAAAUCUGUUGGCAUCGUGACCACCACCCGAGUGAACCAUGCUACACCCAGUGCCGCCUAUGCACACUCUGCUGAUAGGGAUUGGUAUUCUGACAACGAGAUGCCCACUGAGGCCUUGAGCCAGGGCUGCAAGGACAUUGCCCACCAGCUCGUCCACAACAUCCCAGAUAUUGAGGUAAUCAUGGGUGGAGGCCGGAAAUAUAUGUUUCCUAAGAACACAACUGAUGUGGAGUAUGGGGAUGAAGAGAAGGCAAGAGGGACAAGGCUGGACGGGCAGUUCCUUGUCAAUGUCUGGAAGGAUAAGAAGCCUCGGAACAAGAAUGCCCACUAUGUCUGGAACCGCAUGCAGCUGCUAGACCUGGACUUGGACCGUGUGGACUUCCUCCUAGGACUCUUUGAGCCAAUGGAUAUGACAUAUGAACUCAACAGAAACAACCAGACAGACCCAUCGCUGACCGAGAUGGUGGAGGUGGCCAUCAAGAUCCUGAGAAGGAACCCCAAGGGCUUUUUCCUGCUGGUAGAAGGGGGCAGGAUCGACCAUGGCCAUCAUGAGGGAAAGGCCAAACAAGCUUUGCAUGAGGCGGUGGAGAUGGACCGGGCCAUUGGGCAGGCUGGCGCCAUGACCUCCGUGGAGGACACCCUGACUGUGGUUACCGCGGACCACUCCCACGUCUUCACCUUUGGUGGCUACACCCCACGAGGGAACUCCAUCUUUGGGCUUGCUCCCAUGUUGAGUGACACAGAUAAGAAACCCUUCACCUCCAUCCUGUAUGGAAAUGGACCUGGCUACAAGGUGGUGGCUGGCGAGAGGGAGAAUGUUUCCACUGUGGACUAUGCUCAUGACAACUACCAGGCUCAGUCAGCAGUGCCCCUGCGCCAUGAAACCCAUGGGGGUGAAGAUGUGGCUGUGUUUGCCAAGGGCCCCAUGGCUCAUCUCCUGCAUGGGGUCCAUGAACAAAACUACAUUCCACAUGUCAUGGCCUACGCAUCCUGCAUCGGGGCCAACAAGGACCAUUGCCAACUCUCCUCAUCAGCCAGGCUGGGCCCACAACCAGCAUUGUUCCCAGGCCUUCUGACCGUUUUCCUCCUGCUUGGCCUCUUAUUCUAAGGCCAGCUGUAUCCAGGCCCAGGACAGCCAGCUUACCACCCAUAGCUGGGGCCCCUUUCUGGCAAUGCCCUUGAUGCUCACUGGGCCUGAAGCCUCAAUCCCCAUCAUCAACCUUGUUUCCAGAGCACCUCAGGGCAAAUGUCCCGCAUCAGCAUGGGGCAGAGUGGUCAGGUGGCAGUGGCUGAAGGCCAUAUCUCCAUUGCUGCCCGUGGCUAGAGGCUGCCACGCUCCACUUUGACAUCCAACUUAAGGAACUCAAGAGACUCCACAAAAACAAGUCUGGGGAUCAACUGGUGUCCCUCUGGGGCAUGAACUUUAAAGCAAAAGAAUUCCCUCUGAGGGGCAGCAGGGAGCCAUGUAGGCCUGUUCAUCUAUCAGCCUGGUCUUUGCCUACAACUACUCCACAGAAAAGUGAACAGGACAGGCUCUGACUGACACAUGGGUCCCCUCACUCCCAUUGGCGCCUGGGGAAAGCACAGACCGAGCCUCUUAUUUGGAAAACAGAUUCUUCUCUUUCCCUGGAGGAUACUGAUGGUUUCUCCCUCACCCUUGCCCUGGGGAAUCACCUUGUCCCUUCCCCUUACCCCCAUUUUUAGCCCAUGAGAUGCUAGAGCUCACCAGUAGGGCAAGUGGUACCUGAAGAGGCACUGGCUUGGACUCCCUGGCAGUACCAGGACAUGCCCAUCCCCCGGCCUAGAUGUAGGGGAUGAGGAGCAGAAGGAAUCUCUCUUCCUGCAGACUCCCAGGUCUGCAGCCUGGAUCUUCACCCUCCGGAGAGGACAAGGCCCAGCUCCCUCCAGCCACCACCAUUGUCGAUCCCCCGGGGCCGUGAGCUGGGAGGGUAGAAGUGGAGGUGAGGCUCAGGAACUGAGGGGCCAGCAGUGACUUGGGUCAGACUCCCCCUUCUCUCUCCCUCCCCCCUCCCCCCACUCUAGUGCCCAUCAUGGGUCCAGGCCUCAGCCUAAUGAAGAGCCGGCACACUAGGAUGACUAGAGUGGAAAGAGGGACAGAUGACAAAGCCUCGGGAGGGAGGGGAGGGACAGGGAUGGGGCAGGGCUUCUGGGACAGCCAUCUCCCUUCUUUCUUGUUGAUGUUAUUGCCGUUUUUAAUCUCCCACAAAAUCCUGUUAAUAAAAAAUUUUUCCAAAA